AUGACGCUUAUGCAUGCGGAGAAGCCGUUCGCUGCCAGUCUCCAGCGUCUCCUUCCGGGACUGGCAGAGAACCCAACGGAGAGCGUUCUUGCGGACACUUUGUUGCAGUGCUGCCACGAAUGGGGUGUCACUGCGGAGACAGAGCUGCUUCUUUUAUUGACAAGUGGCUGCCCUUUUGUGCAGCGACAAAUGAUGUUAACGGUGCGACAGGAACAGAGGCGGCAGCCAUUUUGUCACCCUGCGGAGGUCCAGCGUCUUCUUCAAAAGGUGCUGCUGGCUCUUAGUACACAACAUGUCACUCGGCAGCACACACCAACCUCCCUGGAGGUUUCACGUAACGAUUUUGGCCUUGCAUCGAUAUCAAGAAGUGUGGAGAGUCUGCUUUGCCUGCCUGCUGGCGAGGGCUCGGCUCCCGCAGAAGCAUUUUACGGUAGCUCUCUUUUCUUUACCACGGGGUGCCCGUCUCUAGACCAUCUUCUUAGCGGGGGUAACGGUGCUUUAGCGAAGGACGCAUCAGACGGCGGGUUUCGUGCUGGCUUUGUUUCAGAAGUGUAUGGUGAGGCAGGCAGUGGCAAGACGCAACUUGUUCUACAGAGUCUGCUUCAUUGUGUUGCACAGCACUUGUGUGAUCGGUGGCAUCCCUCUGGUACACCGGAGAGUUGCUCCAGUGGAUUGACGACAGGAGGCGUGGCAGCACUGUACAUUGUCUCGGAGAAUUUCCCGGCAGCUCGACUUGCAGCACUGGCGGCGGGUACUGUGGAACGAGAAAAGCGGAGGGUUCUUCGCGUAUCAGCGCACCUUCCGCCAUCGACUGUUGACCGGCUAAAGGCGUACUUGGAGCGGGAGGUGACAGUGAAUUCCGUUAUAAGGGGACUACACGUUCGUCGUGUAGGCACACUGAAGGAACUUGUUUUUUUGCUUCAUUCUGGCACUUUAUCAAGGGCGUUUCACGCCUUGGGUGGUCGAGGGAUGGUGGCGGUGGACUCCAUUGCGGGGGCUGCCGGUGCAGGUAACGGUGCAAAUGCUGAUGAUGGAGGAGGGGAGAUGAGAACAGAUGUGAUGGUUGUGGGGACAUUAUUAAAAACGUUUGCGGUACACGAGAAGGCCGCAGUGGUUGUCACCAAUCAAGUGCGCUCAAUGCUUUCUGGUGGACAGCAGCAGCGGCAUGGUGUCAAAGACGCGGUAAUACCCGCACUUGGGGUUCAGUGGUCCUUGACGCCGCAUGUGCGUAUUCAUCUUCGACGUCUUCAAGGCACGGGUGGCACGACACAUCGAAAGCUCAUUGUUCUCUCAGGCCCCUCAAAUCCCCCCUUGUGCGGCGCGUACGUCAUUGGCGAGGAUGGUAUUCGCGGGGAUUUGUAA